UCUUGCACAAAAUUCACUCAAGGCUCUCUGAGCUUGGUGAAAAUGUUGUGUUUCUUACACACUUUCCACCAUGAAAUUCCAGUGUAGAGCCAGAGUGAGAGGUAUCUAGAAACUUGGAGAAAAAUGGUGAACCAACAUUUCUUUCAGCCUCUUCUUCCCGGCUUCCACAGCCUCUUGACCAUUCCUGCAGCCUUCUGCUCCAAGCUAGUAGAAGGAAGGAAUGAGCACACGACUACGGCGAAGCUGAGAUCAGACGUGUCGGAUAUAGCCUGGGAAGUGAAGAUAGAAGAUGGCCGGAAACUCACCGACGGUUGGAAAGAGUUUGCUCUCGCGCAUGAUCUUCGAGUUGGUGACAUUGUCAUUUUCAGACAAGAGAAAGACAUGGCUUUCCACGUUACUCUUUUCGGUCCCAGUUGCUGUGAGAUUCAGUACGGAUCGUGUUUGGAAGACAAGAACAAACUCAAGCUCAGGAAGAUUCAAAACAAGAAGAAUAAAAGAAGAUAUGUAGAGUCUUCUUCUUCGCUAGAUCCCUCUUGUUUUAUGAAUUACGUGAGGCCUUCAAGCCUCCGAGAUAACAGACUGAAUCUUCCAAAGCGUUUUGUGAAGGCAAAUGGUCUAGAAACAAGAUGUGGAGAGAUUGUUCUGAUGGAUGAAAAGGGUAGAUCAUGGAAUUUCAGAUUGACACAAAAAAAAUCAUGUGGAACUAUUGCUGUGGCAGGAGGGUGGACAAGUUUUUGUAGGGCCAACGGGCUUAGAGCUGGAAGUUUAUUUACUUUCAAACUGAUCAAAAGAGGAGACGCUCUGGUUCUACUUAAGUCCCCCUCCUCCACAAAGUCUGCAGAAGAAGAUUGCUUAGAAGCUAAUGAGAUAGAGUUGGACAGCGAAGAAGAGAGCAACCAAGAUGAGAAAAGCUUCAAGAAGCCUAGACUGCUAUGGAAAGCCUCUACAUUUUCACCAUCUCAAAAAAAGCCUAGAUCCUUUUGGAAAGCCUCUACAUCUUCACCAAGCCAAAACCUAUUUGUGACAUUAACUCUCAAAACUUGUGACGUCAGAAACUCCAGACUGUUUCUUCCUGUAAAUUACACAAGGCUGCAUGGCAUCAACAAGGAAACUAAAAUGACUAUGUUGGAUAAAAAUGGUGUGAAGUGGUCCACGGCUCUACGGUCUGAGAAGAAUGGUGGUGAUAGAAUAAGACUAGUAGGAGGUUGGAAAGAGUUCUUCAAAGCUAACUGUGUGGAGAUUGGUGAAUCCAUCAUUGUGAAGCUGAUUUGGGAAGGAGACAAAAGUUGUGUCCUUAAGUUCUACUCCAAGGUGAAGCAAGAGACCAAAUUAAACUGUAGCUGAGUGUGUUCUUUUUUGAUCUUUUGUAAGUACCCAAGACGAAUUGUAAUGAAUCAAUGUUGCUUUUAGGUUUGUUGUAGGACCCCAGUGUGGGAUCUGUGACUGUGAGUGUUGAAUUAGACUUCAGUUGAGAAUUCUCUGAUUUCAAGAGGUCUCAACAUCUUACAAAAACUACCGAAGAUGGAGGUGGAUAAAGAAACACUUGAAGCCACUGAAGUAAAAGGUGGCAACAAAGCACAUAACAGGCCGUUGACAUCAAAUUUUUGUCCUUAUUUGUAGUAUAAGUGUAGUGUGGUGGGUGAGAUUGGAGGAAACGACUAUAACUAUGGUUUCUUCCAAGGCAGUGCCAUGCAAGACAUAAUCCGAGCUGGUGGAAUUAAUGUGGUCGUUCCAACAUCCUUUUUCUGUUUUCCGAUUUGCUUAACCCCUUUCCACAGUGAAAAUUCCACAAACGAGAAAGGUUGCUUGAAUCAUUGUAAUAUUUUAACUAGAUCAUGACAGAACGGGUGUUAAUUUUU